AUGGCCAAGCGGGCAAGUUCUCGCUUAGUGCGCAACCGGAAUCUCAACAACGAAAUUGAAGACAAGAUAGAGAAGAUCGUGGACGAUGAGGCGAAGAAUCCGGUUGAUCCGCCAGCAGGUUCCAGAAAAAGGAAAAAAGGUAGUACACGGGAUGAACCAGAACCAGAAACACAACUGGACGAACCAGCGCAAAGUCUCCCUACGGCCAGUAAAGACCGUCUACUUCGCCUCCUUGACAAGCAUAUUCAAAAGAAAAAACCAAGACGAUCUUGUGCUGGUCCUCCGAAAUCAACUAUCCAAAAUAUUCCGAUUCCUAUCAUUUCAAUUCAGACUGAAGUACAAGAUCAACUAGAUGUACAAGAGAAUCAGGUCGACUACUCAAUCUUCGCAGUGGAGGACCUUGUCAAAAUGGUGUCAGAAGUGGGCGUGGACACUCGGGGAAUGGACAAAUUGGAUUUGAUUCGGAAUUGCGAAAAGUUCAGAGAUUUGAUAAUAACACCCCAGAAUCCUCGCAUCGAUCAUGUGGAAAAGGAUAUCUCAAAUUCAGUGGCAUCAACAGGUACACGUGAAAACCAAUCAAAUACAAUCAAAACUUCAACAUCAGCUUUUCCGAGUCCUGCACAUGAGAAACCAUCAAACAUUCAAUCAAAUCGCACAAUCCGAUCCUCUAAACCAGAAUCUUCCAGAAAAAAAAAGAAACAGGCAGGUCCUGAAAACUCGGCAACAGAACAGCCUCAAUCGAAUACACUCGAGACUUCAACACCUGCGGUUCCGAGUUCUGCAAAUGAAACAUCAUCAAACAUUGAAUCAAGUCGCACAAUGCGAUCCUCUAAACCAGAAUCUUCCAGAAAAACAAAAAAACAGGCAGGUCCUGAGAACUCGGUAACAGAACAGCCUCAAUCGAACACACUCAAGACUUCAACACCUGCGGUUCCGAGUUCUGAAAAUGAAACAUCAUCAAACAUUGAAUCAAGUCGCACAAUGCGAUCAUCUAAACCAGAAUCUUCCAGAAAAACAAAAAAACAGGCAGGUCCUGAAAACUCAGCAACAGAACAGCCUCAAUCGAAUACACUCAAAACCUCAACACCUGCGGUUCCGAGUUCUGCACAAGAAACAUCAUCAACCAUUCAAUCAAGUCGCACAAUCCGAUUCUCUGAAGCAGAAUCUUCCAGCAAGAAAAAGAAAGGCAAAGAAAGAGCUUGA